CAGAAACAAAACUCACAACGACACUGACCAAGCCAGAUAAUUGAAUAAUUGUAUAAAAUUACUGAAUAAAAAUGGUACGAAAUUACGUUUUAUCAUCGACGGUUUGGCGUCCACUGCUGGAAACUGCAGUUACAAGGCGCUUAUCGAACAUCUGGGCUUAGGCAGUGAUGACAUUCAGAUGACCUCCAUGCGGCCCGUUUUAAAAUGGAAAACCCCUACCUAUGUUUUUGUAGACCUCCUAGUGACCUCCAUUACAGAAGUGAAUGAAAAAGCCCAGAGCCUUUCAACACAAGUCACAGUUAUCCAUGGUUGGGUGAAUCAGUUCACAGUAUGGAACCCAGAUGACUUCUGUGGAAUCACUGAAUGUUCUGUUAAAAAGGAUAUGAUUUGGACUCCAGACAUCAGCAUCACUGAAAGCAUCAAGACAGAGUUUGCAACAAUGGAAAAUCAGUAUGUCCAGCUGUUGAAUGCAGGCAUUGUUGUGACAUCUAACACUUUUACUGUGACCAUGGCCUGCAAGAUGAACCUGCACCAGUUUCCCUUUGACGUCCAAAGCUGCACUUUUACCCUUCAGUCUCCAAUCCAUACAACCGAGGAGCUCAUAAUCAACCCAGUCUCUGAUGCUUCAUUUCUGACCCUCAGCUCGAAGAAAGCCUUUCAGACUCAAGGAGAGUGGGAGCUCCUCAGUUUAAAUACGUCUAAAGCCAAUGUCAGUACUUUCGGACAUCCACAGGAUCAGCUGAUAUAUAAGAUCACCAUCAAGAGAAGACCUUUACUGUAUGUCAUCAACUUUCUAAUGCCAGUACUUUACUUCCUCAUUCUGGAUUUGGCCUCCUUCUUCAUCGAUUCAAGUGGAGGAGAGAAGUUGGGUUUUAAAGUAACUCUGCUUCUGUCUGUUUCUGUGUUGCUGCUGCUUCUCCAAGACAUGCUGCCCUCUACUGCCAAUGAUAUUCCACUGAUUGGGAUUUAUUGUAUUGUCAUCUUCACUCUGAUGGCCAUCAGCGUUCUGGAGACCAUUUUUGUGAAUUUUCUGAUUGCUAAAGGAAAUCGGACCGUUUCAGUAAGACCAAAGGAAAGCUCAUCUGCUCUUUCUGAUGCAGUGAAGGACACUAAGAGUCCUCCAGACUCAGAAACAGACAGGAAUGAAGAGCGUCUGUACACUCUUGACAUCCUGAAGCAGAUCCUCGUGGAGUUUCAGGCUGCUGCUACUCAGCAAAACCAACAAGAGAGGAAAUGCCUGAGCUGGACCAGAGUGGCAACAAUAGUAGAUGUGAUCUUUUACUUUCUGUAUGUAAUCGCAGUUAUUGUGUUUCUGAUAACACUGUCCAAAGCUUGGUUCCCAUGAGUAAAUGCCCCUUAUAGGCCUGUGCAUGAGAUGGAAAGACUUCUUCUGCAUGACUCAUUACAAUACAGAUGAGCCAGUUGCACAUUAUAUAUACUAUAUAAGACUGUGAUAUGUAUUUGUGGGAGGAAAAUCAUAUAGAUUGUGAAUUGCAAUCCAUUCUUUAUUAAAAAUGACAUGACAACAACUGUAGCAAUGGAAUUUGUGAAAUCACAUUUUUGUUAA